GGACGUUGGAGUUGGCUUACCUAAAUAAAUAUGUCGUCUUCUUUUGAAGACUCUCCUACUAGUACAGAAGAAAGUAAACUAGAAGAGUUAUUUCAAUCUAAACUAAAGAUUGGAUCAUUGAAAAUAAGAGGAUAUCGAAGAACCAAUCCUUCAUUUUUACACUCCUUAGUUGCACCUUCCUUAGGUGGUGAGAACUUUCGAGAGGUCAUUGAGAAUCUGUCGAUUGCCAUAGAACGUCUUCGUGAGUUGGAUAUAUUCAAAGGAGUGGACGUAUUUUUGGACGAGUCUUCGGUACCUGAUCAGACGGAUGUUUUGGUGACUGUUUCAGAAAAGGGACGUUUACAACUUCGAUUGGGAACUACUGUAGAAAGAGAAGGAUUCGAAACGGGUUUAGAAACUUGCGCAACUUUGAGAAAUAUUUUUGGCAAAGCGGAGAGACUACGAUUCGAGGCUGGAACAGAAGGAACAGAUCUAGCUCGAGGAUAUGGAGUGGCUGAAUUUUAUAAACCGCAUGCUUUUGGAUGCGAUACUUUCUUUUCUGCUUAUCUCAAUCGACAAUAUUUCAAUGAAAAACAGCGAUCUCAUAAUGAAGUGAGUCGCGGUUUUGUGACUUCAUUUGGAUUUCCACAAUCAUUAGGAAUAUUCUCAUAUGAGGGUGCGUGGAGAGAAAUCAGCGUUACCGAACCCUCAGCUUCUUCAACCAUUCGAGAAGAAGCUGGAUUCUCAUUCAAGUCUUCCAUCAAACAUACUUAUGAGAUAGACUCAAGAGAUAAUCCUCAAGCACCUAUUGAAGGAAAGUGUUUCAACGUUCAUACAGAAUUGGCUGGAUUAGGUGGCAGUGUUCGAUAUAUUCGGCAACAACUGGAGUCUCAACUACAUAUUCCAAUUGGAGAUACUGAAGCUUCUUAUGGAAUUGCCUGUAGAUUGGGUUACUUAUAUACUCCAAAGAGUUAUUUAUCAACAGUUUUGGAUCGAUUUUACUUGGGAGGACCUAACAGUUUUCGAGGCUUUCAAACUCGAGGAGUAGGACCCUAUGAAAAGGAUGAUCCUUUGGGAGGAGAACUUUUCUAUACCAUAUUCAGCUCUUUAAGUAUUCCACUCCCGGUAAAAGGAGUUUUAGGAAACUUAUUUAGACCCAAAGCUCAUAUUUUUGCCACUAUUGGAGACAUCUCUUCUGUGAAGGACUCCCAAUCUCUACUUGGUCAAGUUUUUACUAGACAACUUCCCUGGAAGAACUUGUUUGAAACAACAAGAAUAUCAGUAGGAUUAGGUGUAGUUGCUGAUACUCAGUUGGGACGUUUGGAAGUCAACUAUUGUCAUGUCUUACGGAGAACACAAGGCGAUCGCAUUCAUUCUGGAAUUCAGUUUGGCAUUUCUAAAACUUUUGGUUAAAAGUUGUAUAAAAAUGUUUUAUGAAAG